AUGACCACCAAAGUUUAUGUAUCCGAGGUUGAAAAGCUUAAAGCAGAAUUAAGAGAAAAAACAGAGUCUUUUAAGGAUCUUAAAAAAUCCCAUGAUGCUCAAGUGGAUGAGAUUAAUGAGGCAAAGCUCAUGCAUGAAGACCUCAGGAGGGAUUUGGAGAACAAGGAAUCUAUGAUCAAACACAUUAGUUCUGCAAAUGAUAAACUACGAGAGACUUAUGAAGAGAGGCUGAGAACAUUAGAAGAUGAGAAAAGAUCAUUGGUUUCAGCAUUAGAAGAGGCAAAGGAGGCGGCUUGUUUAUCCAUUCAUAGAAAAAAGAGUUUGGAAGCCGAGAAAAGUUUAAGAGCAGCAAAUGAAGAUGAGAAGUUCAAGAAAUUGCUGGUGCAAGAGAACAGAAUGAAGGAAGAACAAGUAACAUGGAAGAAAGAACAGCUUGAGAAUCUGGAAGAAGCACAUGUGGAGCAACAAGCGGAGAUUAGUCCAAAUGAAGAUCCAGAGUUAGAAACUUACACAUUGCUUGAUGAUAUCUCUUCCCUACAAAUGAAGCUGCAUUUUCAAACAAAAACUUUAGAGCGAUUGGAACAUGAGUUCCGCAUGUCUAAACAAGCCCUUACCCAUGAGGAAAGCAUCAAAAAGCAACUGGAAAAUCAACUUUCAGAAAGUCUUGAUUCUUCAAUCAUUGAGUUGAAGUUGGAGAAUGAGGAGCUAUCAGUGACGCUUCUAGUAUUACAGCAGGCGAUUUCUGAGGCUCAAGCCAUGGACAAGGAUGAUAGUAAUAAUGAAGAGAUCGAGCUUGAAAUGUAUAAGGAAAAACUCGAGGAAGCUUGUGAUGCUCUGGAUAAAGCAGUCAUUGAAUUGGAUGAGCUGAUUUAUGAAGGGAAUGAAUUGGAAUGUGAAGUGGAGACAUGGAAGUUAGCUUGUGAACGAUUAAAGAAUGAUUUGGAAGAGAGCCACGCAAAACGUAAGGAACUUGAAGCUUCACUUCUUGCACAGGUAGUUUUCGGAGAAAGCCUCAAGCAAGAGAGGAGAAUAGAUGUGCAAAAAGUAAAGGAAGCUGAGAGUGAGAAAGUGAAAAUUCUGGAGAUCAUAAAAGAGAAGGACAAGAUUCUAAAGGUACUGCAGAAGGAGAUAAAAUGGCUAGAACAAGAAGCAUUCAGACGAGAAUUUGAAAGUGCAGUGAUGGUAAAAGGCCUUACAGAGAGAACAAACAACCAUGUGAAAGACAAGCUCAUGUAG